UGAAUGUCCAUGUGUAGUCCAUAUGUAUCUACGAAGGUACAUGUUUUUGAUGAAGUCGUGCGCUAAGAAUGCCUACAUAAAAGUAAAAGUCAAGAAUUUCGUUUUCAUUUUGCGAUCUCAAAUCUUCAUACUUUUUCACAACUCAUGUCACGCAUACUCAAAAGGAGAUUUGUUAGGCGUGAGCUGUGCGUCACCUAGCUGUGUAGGAGCUCGACUCAUACGGGAAAGAUGUG